AUGCUUCCUUUUAUAAGAUUUAUGCUGUGCUUAUUUUACCUGAUGGUCUUUGUGGAGAACAGAGAGUUCACAAUGAAGAGACAACCAAGGCAGCUGGAUAUGCCAAGUCACCUGUACAAGAAGUGUCUCGAUGUGACCAAGAUCCUCACAGGAAAGCCUCAACCCCUCCUAAGAGUGGACAGCCAUGAUUUCACCAUGAGGCCUGCCUUUGGAGGCCCAGCAAUCCCAGUAGGUGUGGACGUGCAGGUGGAGAGCCUGGACAGCAUCUCAGAGGUGGACAUGGACUUCACCAUGACCCUGUACUUGCGGCACUACUGGAAGGAUGAGCGGCUGGCCUUCCCCAGCUCCAACAACAAGAGCAUGACCUUCGAUGGGCGGCUAGUGAAGAAGAUCUGGGUGCCUGAUGUGUUCUUUGUGCACUCCAAGCGUUCCUUCAUUCAUGAUACCACCACAGACAACGUGAUGCUACGGGUGUUCCCCGAUGGACAUGUACUCUACAGAAUCACAGUCACGGCUAUGUGCAAUAUGGACUUCAGCCACUUCCCCCUGGAUUCCCAGACCUGUUCUUUGGAGCUAGAAAGCUUCAUAUUAAUGAGUUUUUCUCUCCUAAAGAUGGCAUACACAGAUGAAGAUCUGAUGUUAUACUGGAAGAAUGGGGACGAAUCCCUGAAGACAGAUGAGAUCUCCCUAUCUCAGUUUCUGAUUCAGAAAUUUCACACCACAUCCCGACUGGCCUUCUAUAGUAGCACCGGCUGGUACAAUCGUCUGUACAUUAACUUCACGUUGCGGCGCCACAUCUUCUUCUUCUUGCUCCAAACUUACUUCCCUGCCACCCUAAUGGUCAUGUUGUCCUGGGUGUCUUUCUGGAUCGACCGCAGAGCUGUGCCCGCCAGAGUCUCACUAGGUAUCACCACGGUGCUGACCAUGUCUACCAUCAUAACCGGUGUGAAUGCCUCCAUGCCCCGUGUCUCCUACAUCAAGGCUGUGGACAUCUAUCUGUGGGUCAGUUUUGUAUUCGUGUUCCUCUCGGUGCUGGAAUAUGCGGCCGUCAAUUACCUGACCACUGUGCAGGAGCACAAAGAGCGGAAGCUUCGAGACAAGUUGUCCUGCAUGUGCGGAAUCCUUCCGUCCAGAACCGUGAUGCUGGAUGGGAGCUGCAGUGAAUCUGAAGCCAACAGCCUGGCAGGGUACCCAAGAGGCUCGAUUCUGAUGGAGGAAGAAAGGCAAGACAAAAUCGUGGUGCAUCUGGCCCUGGCCAAUGAGUUCAGCUCAUCCAGGAAGAAAGGACUGCUGAAGGGACAGAUGGGUCUUUGCAUCUUCCAGAACACCCACACCAUUGACAAGUACUCCAGGCUGAUUUUCCCUGCAGCCUAUGUCUUUUUUAACUUAAUUUAUUGGUCAGUAUUUUCCUAGGGGCCCUGACUCACCUUCUGGAGAUGCACCAACCCUCACCUGAUCAUCCUGGA